GCUCGGGUCUGCAUGGACAACAUGAACUCCUUUGUGGAAUACUCUAUUUGUAACCGACCGGGAACCGGCAUUUAUUCUGCGCCUAAAUCUGGAUACCAUCAUCACUUGCACCAUCACCUUCCUCUGGAUCAGCAUCAGGGAUUCCCUGUGGCCAUCCAAACUGGCCUCAGUGGCCCUCCUGUCCCCGGGUCCAGAAGUGACAGCACAGACGGAGGAGCAAGUUACACCGCGGAUGGAAGGAUGUACGGGGGCGCUGGGGCGGACACCGCCAGUGGAGGAGCAAAUCAUUAUCAUCAUCAACAUCCUUCUCAACAUCAAGAACAGCAUACGCACAGCGGCUACCAUCAACAUCACAAUCAUCCUCAGCUUCACCAGAGCCAAAGCUUGCAGAGCGUAAUACCUUCUCCUUAUAAUAACGGCUGCAACACCGGGGCCUAUGUGGGCCAGGCAUGUGCCACAAACUCUGAGUACAUUGCUUCGACGGGCCCCCCCAACUCCGUCCAUCCGCAAUAUUUCGUGGAGGAGUCUUUGGCCUCCACCUACUGUCAUCAAUCAAAUUUCCCCAGCUCGGCCCCAACCGUGGGCCCCAGUUACAGCUCUCUUGCCGGGCUGUACUGCGGGCCUCAGCGCACUCUUGCUGGGUCACAGUACUCGCAGCAGAUUGGCGGGGGGGUUCUUGACGCAGGGAGCUACCUAGAGCUUUCGCCUGGGGCUGGCUACGGGGAGCUGCCGGUAUCCCAGGACAGAGAAAGGGGGGAUGAUGAGGUCCAGCAGGCCGGACAGGGGCAGACCUUUGACUGGAUGAAGGUGAAGAGAAAUCCGCCGAAGACAGUCAAAGUGUCCGACUUCGGCCUUUCCGGCGCCCACAACAACGCCAUGCGCACCAACUUCAGCACGCGGCAGCUGACGGAGCUGGAGAAGGAGUUCCACUUCAGCAAGUACCUGACGCGAGCGCGGCGCGUGGAGAUCGCCGCCACGCUGGAACUCAACGAGACGCAGGUGAAGAUCUGGUUCCAGAACAGACGUAUGAAGCAGAAGAAGCGCGAGCGGGAGGGCGCCUCCGCGUCUGCGCCGUCCUUCUCCUCCUCUUCCGGUACCGGCGGCGGCUUCAACAAGGAGCAGGAGGACACCGACCGGUCCUCCGCGUCUACGUCUCCGGGCGCGUCCCCGAGUUCGGAGACGUAG